AUGCGUACAAAAUCCGAAAACAAUCAGUCCAGUAGUUUCAGAGAUUAUCUUUUGGAUAAAUAUCGACGCAGACGCGGAAUUAUCAGACAACGGCGGCAGACAGAUAGACGGAAACAAGACACCAAUGUUUACCUGAAACGUCGAGGAAACAUUAAAUUUUAUUCCGUUUCGACCACCCAGAGCCCUCACUCACCACAAGAUGACAACAAUUUUUUGAAAAAACAGCUCGAACUUUGCUUAAAAAUUAAAGAAACUGAAAGUCGCUUGUCGACUGUGGAACAGCUGCUUCACACACAGAAAAUUGCUGCCGACGAAAAAAACAGAAGUGAAACUCUGAUUACAAACCUCGCAAAAACUGAACAAUUACUGGAAAACCAUCAGAAACGUAUUCAAGAACUGACCGAAGAAGUACGUUCCAAAGAUCUAAAAAUAACUGCUUUAGAAAAAUCCUUAGACGAUCGGAGGUUGGUCAAAAAUUGUAAGGAAAUCCAAGAACAAGGAAACCACGCAUCCGGGGUUUAUCGUGUUCGGCCAAAAUUGGAAGCUUUUGAUGUAUUCUGUGAUAUGGAGACAAGAGGGGGCGGAUGGACUGUGUUCCAGAGGAGAGUAGAUGGUUCUCAGGAUUUUAACUUGACUUGGACUGAGUAUAAGGAAGGAUUUGGUAACCUGAGAAGAGAAUUUUGGUUAGGGUUAGAACAUUUGCAUCAACUAACGGCUUCUGGAAGUAAUCAACUUUUGGUAGAGCUGGUCGAUCGAAACUUUAGCAAAGCUUACGCUCUUUAUGACCGUUUUAACAUUGCUGGGGAAGGAAAAAGCUAUAAGUUGGGAGCAGUGACUAACUAUCGGGGUACGGCUGGAGAUUCCUUGUCGUAUCACAAUGAUCAAUCAUUUUCUACAAGAGAGAAAGACACGUGUGCGGCUCAUCAUGGGGGUGGUUGGUGGUUCCAUAGUUGCCUUUAUAGUAAUUUGAACGGGGUAUACUUUAAAGGUGGGGUAAAUUCUGGAAGAGCCCAAGGCAUAAAUUGGUAUACUUUCAGUACGGAUGGAUUUAGUCUUUUGGAGUCGAAAAUGAUGAUUAGGCCACCACAAUAG